UAUUUAUCUUUCUAGUUAUUUACUCGUGUAUCAAUACAAUUUCAAACAACUUUUUUUCCAGCACUAUAACCUAUACGUUUGUCAUAUAAUCAAUGUAAAAAAUUGACACACUAUUUCUAUAUUUACAAUAUUAUAAGAACAUAUCCAUUACAGUAUGACAAGUUCAAAGAAAGACAGUAGCUGGUUCAUGCCAUCAUUCGAGUGUGAAUCUAUUAAAGAGACACCAGACGUUAAAUGCAGCAUUUCAUCAGUGUCUGAAACUAGUGUUUCAGACAGAUCAAGUGCAUAUGAUAUAAUUCCAGAAAAGAAGAAUGCCAAUAGUUUGUCUGCAUUGCUGGAAGCUUGCGGACCACAAACUAGUUCUGAAUUAGUAGUCAGCAGACAGAAACAAAGAGAAAUUUUAGAUUGGUUACAGUACAAAGUAAGAAAAGGAAAACCUGCCAUAUUAAUCUUAUCUGGUCCAUCCGGUUGUGGAAAAACAGCAGCCAUAAGAGUUCUUGCAAAAGAAAAUGGUUUUAGCAUUACAGAAUGGAUCACUCCAAUUGAUCAGAUUAUAGUUGAAAAUAACAGAAUAACUAGACAAGGAGAAAAAUUUGAAGAAUUUUUAAUUAGAGUUACUCGAUAUAGUUCAGUUUUAAGUAAUCAUUCUAGUCGUUUACUUCUUGUAAAAGAUUUCCCAAAUGUUUUUUAUGAAGACAAAGAGAGUUUUUAUUCUCUGUUGGGAAGGUAUUUUGAAAUUGGAAGAGAACCUAUAGUCUUUGUAUGCACGGAAGGAGGAAGUUUAAAAUUGCUUCAGACAUUAUUUUCUCCUAGUAUAAGAGAAAAAUUUGGCAUUGAUUUGAUUAAUGUAAAUUCUGUCACGCAAACUGCAAUGAAAAAUGCAUUGAAGAGAAUAGUUAAUAUUUUAAAUUCAACUGCUGGGCAUAUGUUACACGUCUCGCAACUCAAAGUCAAUGAGAUAUUAUCAAAUAAUAUAGGAGAUAUUAGAAAUGCUUUGUUAAAUCUUAUUUUCAUCUCAUUAAAAGUACCUGAAGAACAAGAAAAUAAGUGUAAUAUUCGAGAAGAAAGCUUAGGACUUCUUCAUGGUAUCGGUCGAGUAAUUAAUCCAAAGAGAAUCCAAAUUGAAAAUAAUUGGAAAUUUGUACAUGAUCCUGAUGAAUUGGCAGCCUUUUUUCAAUCACAGGCAACAAUAUUUUUGAAUUUUCUUCAAGAAAAUUAUUUGAAUACCAUGAGAGACAUAGAGAAAGUGGAUGUCUGUACAAAUAUUUUAAGUUUAGCGGAUGUUUUGAAUUCUGAAUGGCGAGAUUCUAAUUUAAAUAAAGUCACUUUAUCGUUUUGCAUCCGAGGUUUAAUGGUAACAAAUGAAACACCAGUUUCUGGAUGGAAUCCUGUAAAAAAACCACCAAGUGAUCAAAUCGAUGUGCAGAGGUGUCUAGCAGCUGUCGAAAUUCGAUGGUACGAAUCCAUAAUCAAUUCGAAAUCAAAAAAUAUAUUGGAAGAACCCGUUAUCGACAUUGAGGAGAUUAUUGAAUAAAAUUCAUAGAAGUUAGGAUAGAAAUA